AUGCCACGAGAGCCUGUGACUCCCAACUGGCAACGAUGCCACGAGAGCCUGGACGCCAACAACAGUAACCAGCCCUACAACAGUAACCACCCCUACAACAGGAACCAGCCCUACAACAGGAACCAGCCCUACAACAGGAACCAGCCCUACAACAGGAACCAGCCCUACAACAGGAACCAGCCCUACAACAGGAACCAGCCCUACAACAGUAACCACCCCUACAACAGUAACCAGCCCUACAACAGUAACCACCCCUUCAACAGGAACCAGCCCUUCAACAGGAACCAGCCCUACAACAGGAACCAGCCCUACAACAGUAACCAGCCCUACAACAGUAACCACCCCUACAACAGUAACCACCCCUUCAACAGGAACCAGCCCUACAACAGUAACCACCCCUUCAACAGGAACCAGCCCUACAACAGGAACCAGCCCUACAACAGGAACCAGCCCUACAACAGGAACCAGCCCUACAACAGGAACCAGCCCUACAACAGGAACCAGCCCUACAACAGGAACCAGCCCUACAACAGGAACCAGCCCUACAACAGGAACCAGCCCUACAACAGUAACCAGCCCUACAACAGUAACCAGCCCUACAACAGGAACCAGCCCUACAACAGGAACCAGCCCUACAACAGUAACCACCCCUACAACAGUAACCACCCCUUCAACAGGAACCAGCCCUACAACAGGAACCAGCCCUACAACAGGAACCAGCCCUACAACAGGAACCAGCCCUACAACAGUAACCAGCCCUACAACAGGAACCAGCCCUACAACAGUAACCAGCCCCUACAACAGAACCAGCCCUACAACAGGAACCAGCCCUACAACAGGAACCAGCCCUACAACAGGAACCAGCCCUACAACAGGAACCAGCCCUACAACAGUAACCAGCCCUACAACAGUAACCACCCCUACAACAGGAACCAGCCCUACAACAGGAACCAGCCCUACAACAGGAACCAGCCCUACAACAGGAACCAGCCCUACAACAGGAACCAGCCCUACAACAGGAACCAGCCCUACAACAGGAACCAGCUCUACAACAGGAACCAGCUAUUCAACAGGAACCAGCCCUACAACAGGAACCAGCCCUACAACAGGAACCAGCUCUACAACAGGAACCAGCCCUACAACAGGAACCACCCCUACAACAGGAACCAGCCCUACAACAGUAACCAGCCCCUACAACAGGAACCAGCCCCUACAACAGUAACCAGCCCCUACAACAGGAACCAGCCCUACAACAGGAACCAGCCCUACAACAGGAACCAGCCCUACAACAGGAACCAGCCCUACAACAGGAACCAGCCCUACAACAGGAACCAGCUCUACAACAGGAACCAGCCCUACAACAGUAACCACCCCUACAACAGUAACCACCCCUACAACAGUAACCACCCCUACAACAGUAACCACCCCUACAACAGUAACCACCCCUACAACAGUAACCAGCCCCUACAACAGGAACCAGCCCUUCAACAGGAACCAGCCCUUCAACAGGAACCUGCCCUUCAACAUGAACCAGCCCUACAACAGGAACCAGCCCUACAACAGAAACCAGCCCCUACAACAGGAAUCAGCCCCUACAACAGGAACCAGCCCCUACAACAGGAACCAGCCCCUACAACAGGAACCAGCCCUACAACAGGAAUCAGCCCUACAACAGGAACCAGCCCUACAACUUGUGAUCAGAUGUAUAUUACGUCAUAA